GCGGCUGUGACAUUUUGCAUUUCGGAGAGUUCUUGCAGAAUGUAAAAUUGUAAAAAAAGUUAUUCUUUUAAUAAAAUUAAAUUAUAAGUCAUGAAUUGAAUAUUUUUUGAAAACUUUUUUGAUCUAUUUCAUCAUUUUCUAUGGAACUGUGUUAAAUUAACUUACCGGUGUGUGCAUUUUAUGUGUGAACUCAAUACACAAGUGUCAGUGUUUAAAUUUUAUUGUAAAUAAACAAAUAAAACAUCAUGUACAACUAUUUUAAUGAAUAUUCACAAACGUUUUUAUGCAAAUUAAAUUUCAAAAAUAUGAUGUACAAUUUAAUAAGUGUUAAUACAAUGCUAUAAAGUAAUUAAAUUAACACGUACGACAGAUAUCCAAUGCCUAAAUGCUAAUUCUACUUCUGGAAAAUUGAAUUGAAUUUUAAAUUCUCGAAUAUGGCUCGAAGUCAAAAGUAUGGAAAUGAAACGCUUGAUGCGUUAAACAAAGGAUGUCUGGAUCUUUACGACUCCAUUGCCUGUGGACGAAUUAGCAUGCUAGUUCUUGUUAGUGCAAUCACAUGUUUUUUUAUUAUGAUGAAAAUAGUGAAGUAUCAUGCAUACCGGCACGCUCAGAUCCAUCAUUAUGUGAUUCUUUACGUAUCAGUGAUCCAAUGUUUUGCUUGUGCCACAAGUUCCAUAUUUGGUAUGAAGUAUCCUCAGCUGGAUUUUACCAAUAGCUUCCUCAAACUACUUCAAUUCAUUUUAAUAUGCCACCUUCACUGGGCGGCAGCAGCUAGAUCUCGACACCGAGAUGACAUUGUUCAACAUGUUGUUAAUCCUGUUCUUUGUCUCUACAUGCUAUAUUGUACUACUGUCGUUCUCAUGGGCAUGGUAGAUAUUAGUGGGACAUGGACAGAAUGUUUACGUCCUUAUUGGCUAAUGCUUUCAAGUGCUGAUUUUAUUGCUGUCCAAGUUUUUGCAAUAGUUGCUCUUUAUUUAACUCACAAUAACAAACACUCGGCCAUUUCAACUUUGAUGUUGCCAACGAUGAAUUCACAAACAAGAGAUUUAUGGCUUGUUACAGCUGUCUACGAAGUGUCAGCUGUAGUUUCAGUUGUUUUUGAUGCAGUCAUGUCUUUUAUGGGUAGAGAAGUAACUGGAUGUAGUGGAAUUUAUAAUCACGUGCAAAUCUACUACAGCUCUAUCAUUUUCUUAGUCAUGGUUGUUAAGUAUUUUCUCCCAACUUGGACAUUACUUUGCGUCUUCCAACCUUCUAGAGUUAAAUCACGUCCUUCAGAAGUUGCUUUAACUUCCCAUUAUAGCAUGGAUGGGGCUUGUUAUAAUCAAUACAGAAGAAUGUUCUUUGCUCGGAAUCCAGAUGGUCAUACACCUGUUCCUUACCCGAGUAUUCCAUAUCCAACAGAGUCCCCUCUGUAUGGAAGCCUCGGUGAUUUUUCAUACACAGACAGUUCGCCUGAUAUCUCACCAACGGUUGCUCGUCUUUGGCCAGGAAUAGAUGAUGAAACUUGCAGUGGUUUUGAGAAACAUUUCAUCAAUGGUGACAGAAUUAAUAUUGAAACUCAGCAUAGAAUGGAUCAAAGUUGUCAAAACUUGGAACGUAGUUUGCAAAUGAAUAUCAAUGGUGAUUUAGACAAGAAAUCAAUUAUAAAGCAUAAAAAUUUAACACCGAUCAACGAAGAAACUAGUAAUGUACUCGAUAGUCCUAGGGAUUAAACUAAAAUAAUUGCAAAGUUACUCUUAAAAUCAACACGAUUUUUUUAAUCUUAAAGAAAGUUUAUCUUAUUUUGGAUGAUAUGAAGAUUUCUUCAUUGGCAGCUAAUAAGCAAUAAACUUUUUAAAACUUUCUCGAAAUUGAGAUAGUUGAUUUAAAAGCAUAGAUCUUUUCUUAUCAUCCAUGACACUGUUGUGAUACACGAGAUCAUAUAAGCACAUUUUAAUCUUUUAAAUGAAAAAAUAGAUACAUUAAGAAAUCAUUCAUUAAGAUAAACAUUUUUUACGACGCAAUGUCGUGUUGAUGAUGCGAUUUAAUAAAACGACAACAUUUUUAACUUUACUGUAAUAAGCAGAACACCGCAAAAUAUUUGUAGUUGACAAAAUUGUCGUUAUACGUACUCUUGAUAAUCAUAAACUUAUAAAAAAAAUUCUGCCAUCGAUUGUCUUGCUCAUAAAUACGAAUGGUGAAGAAACAUUUAGUGAUUUUUAAAUCUAAUCAAUUAGUUAUCGCUCAUAUUUUAUAAAGUGAUUAAGAAGAAAUUAUUAACAUUUAAUAUCAGAAUAAUUAAGACAACUGAAAGCAGCUCAGUUGGCACGCGACUGUUUUAGACAUCGCGUUAUUUAUAAGACUGUAUUUAUGAAUGUUUUUGCUAUACAUACAUAAAAAAACCAACUCAUUAAGAUUAAAUUUUCCAUCAUAACAACUACAAUCAUAAUCAAAAUUUAAUCUAAUCAGUUUAGGUUGAUUUUUUCGAACAGCUAAUUAAAAAUUAACAUUGUCGAUAAAUGAGUUAGAAAACUCAUAAAUUAAUUAUAAUUAUAGUUUUAAAGACGUUUGUAGAAUCGUACUAACAUCAUUUUAAUUGCUGUGAUGCAAAUUAUUUAUCUAAUUAUUGAAUUUUUAUAUUUCAAAAAUCAUUAAUGGUUAAGUUAUUGUUUAAAUUUAAGUAGAUACUCAUAAUUUUUAGAAAUGAUCUAAGAGACUCAUAUAGACAUUAAAUAACAAUGGCUUGAAUAGAUUAACAUAGAUUAAAUACUUAUUUUAAUGCAAUAGAACAGUAGUUAACCAUUAAUAAUUUUUUAUUUUAAUUAUAAUAUUUAUCAUUGACAUGGAUCGAAAAAAAAAUUGAUAAAAAUUAUUCAUUACACAUUAAUCGGUUGUGUGUGCCAAAUUAUCGAAUUUCAUAUUCACAUAAAAUUGUCAAUUUCGCAUCAAUCAAUUUUCAUAUUUUCGAGAAACCAACGAAUAAGUCAUGGGAUGAUAUUUAAAUAAUAUAAGUAUGCAUUUAUUAUUACUAAAAAUUUUAGAUUUAUUGUAAAUGUUAAAAUGCACUAUAAAUUGUUAAAAAUAUUUUAAAUAAUUAAUAUUCACUGAUUUAAAAUAAUUUAAAAUAGAAUUAUUAUUGAAUACUUAUAAGUAAAUUGUUAGUUUAAAUGGAGAAGAAAAUUUAAUUAUAACUUACUUUUUGUUUAAAUACACUUGAGAAAUAAGCGUAAAUGGAACUAAAAUAAAUGUUUACGAUGUGAUAGUCUAUAUUGAGAGUUCGAAAAAUCAUAAGGAAAAUUUGACAAUCUUACAGACACUUUAGUAAUUGAAAGAAAUAAUUAUUAAUAUUUAAAAUAUUUUACAGAAUUAUCUGAGAAGUAUCUUUUUGAUGAAAAAUGAAGCUAAAGUAUAAUAUAUUUUAUUUCAAUCGAUUAGCUUAAUUUAGUUCUUAAACUAAUGCUAUUGAUAUGAAGUUUAAUAACAGUAAAUAGCAGUCUUCUACUAGAUAUAUUUUAAAAUUAAUGAAAAAGCAGCUUUUUAGAAUUUCCUUGAUUAAUCAAUUGCUGUGAACGUUAAGAAAAAUUAGUUUUAAUUCUCUGAUUUCCUAUUUCUUUUGACCUAAGACACUUUUCAAGUUGAUAUAACGAAAGGUCUUCCUUAAAGUUAUUUUUCCUCAUUCAACUUUAUGCUUAUUUUUUAAACAUUGCCUUCUAUCAAUAUUGAUCAUAAGUUAUGAUUGUUAAUUGUUAAUGAAUCUCACAUGUACUUUACCUUAUUGUUAAGCAGAAUGAUUGAAGAAAAUAAUAUAAACAAUUAGAGAACAAAAAAUUUAUAACAAAAGUAUAAAAUAAAUAAAAAUUGGUUUUCGUGCCAAAAAUAAUAAAUGGAUUGUACAAUUAUGUAUUAGCGAUCUCAAAAAUAUUGUAAUUGUAAAAAAAAAUAACAAAUGUAAAAAAUUUUUACUUUUCGAUAAGACAAGAAAUGUCCAAAAAUAUUCAAACAAAUAUGAUAAAGGUACAUAAAUACCAAUAUGCAUUUAAUAUUAUUAUUACAAACUGUACUUGCAGAAUUAUUGUACAUGUU